AUGGAUGUGUCUCAUCUGAAAAGAGCUAUUUACGAUGAUGACUAUAUUGAGAAAUCGAAAAAGAAACUCCCUCAGAGUGCUACUUCACUUCUUGCUCGAAUACCGUCAACUUCUAAUUGUCCAGCAAACGACCUCUCUAUUUACGGUCCCUUGAUAUUGGCUGAAAUGAGUAAAAUGGAUAUGGUCAAGUCAAGAAGCAUCUAUCACUCAAAUUUAUUUCUCACCGCACGAACAGCUGUGGAAAACUUCCUUCAAAAAAUCACAAGCCUGAUACAAAUGGUUAUUACCCCUGACACAGAGGAUUACAUCAGCACUACCCAUUCCAUCCAAAUGGUAGAAUACAUGAAAGGUUUGCCAUGGAAAAUACAAACCAUUUCUCAUAAUAUAGAAGUUGUUAAUAUUCCUCUGAUACGAGCCGAAACAACAAGGGCAGCAGCUCUAUAUGAGAAUCUUCAAAGACUCUCAUCUGAGAUUGGAAAAUUAGAUGAUGUACUUUCCAUAAGAAAUCAGUCAGCUACGCCUGGCAGAUUAGCCAGAAAUGGGUGA